AUGCAGUCCAGCACAAUCCCGCGGCAGUACCAACCUCCGCGCCGCCAACAGACCGUCCCCGAGCGUGAGCCUCCGGAGCCUGCGAUCAACACCAUGUCUGCCUCUGCCUCGACGUCGCAGGUGCCACAAGGACGGACAUCGUCGGGCAGCGGCCGGUCGCAGAAGAAUGCGAAUCCGGACAAGCAGAUCUCCCAGAUCGAGAAGAGCGUGACACACCUCCUCGUCGCUACCAAACAGCUCCUCGAGACUCUCACGCAAUGGUCGCGCGGUCAGGCACAGGAAGAGGAGGUCUCAGAUGUCUACGUUCGCCUGGGCUACGAGUUCAACCUGGCCUGUCGGGCAUUCAAUUCGAUCGGUGUUGAGACCGCAGAUCUGGGAAAUGUGCCUGAUCUGCUGCGACACAUCCUCGAGGACACCCUCAGUCAGCCUGCGUCGCCCCAGGCGCUGGACAACUACCUGCCGAGAAUACGCGAUAUCAUCAUAACUCUCCUGCAUGGGUUGAAGAGGAAACAGAGCAAGCUGAGAGGAAAGGGGAGCAAGGACUCGACUGGCUCAGCUGGUGGGCGAGCGCCGCCUGUGAGAAAUGCCAGUCUGGCAUCGAGCGCGAGUAAUGAGACGGGAAUCACGCAGAUGCUGGAGGGUGUGCCUUCGACGCAGAGUCCAGCUCGUGCAGGGAGUCCUUCGAGCAGUCACAGCAGAGAUCAGAGUGGCGAUGGCGACUACAACACCUGGUCGGCCAAUAGUGCAAGUGGCUCGUUGAGUCGAGGUUCUGUCAAUCGACAUAGCAUGCGUCGUGAGCCAUCAAUACCUCAGUCCGACACUGAUUCCACCCUGUCGAGUGCGACGGCACAGAAUAUUCCCGUACAGCCACCCUUCGAGGCAAAUGUCCGGCCGCCGUCAGAAGUCAACUUCCCUCAUCCUCCGCCUCCACCUCCGAAACAGACAGAUGCUUUGGCGCAGUUGCAAAGAGGAGGUGAUCUGGAGAGAAGGGCGUCCCGCCGAUUCUCAGCAUACCAGAUCUCCAAGCAUUUGGGCGCAUCACCGAAUGGCAUCCCAAUUCCUCCGACGCAGAACUCGCCUAUACCGAAUCGUGGUCGAGAGGUGCGAGAGUCCAUGACUGCAGUCCGAUCACGGACUUCGCAGUAUAGGAAACAGCCGCAGCAGAAGCUCGAUCCGUCACCCAGUCGAAGUGGCACGAUCAAGGCACCAGAGACCAUCUCAGAAGAAGAGCCUGCUCUUAGCACAUCCCUCAGUUCGGGCAACUUCCCCAAGGUCACGCCGCCCGAUGAAGCUGGUGACGAUGACAGCCCUAUUGCGAAGACGCCCGACGAAUACCACAAGCCGAGAUCACCACAAGACAAAAGAGAUGCACCCAUACUGAGCGCCACGCUUAACGGGCCUAUGAGUCCCCCGGAUUCGGUGCUCAGUGCCAAUUUUCCGACGCCGCAGGAUGAGAAACCGGAGCAUGAAUUCGAGCCGGAGAAGAGGGCUGAUGACGAUGCAGUGGCUGUGGAACAGAAGACUCGAGAUGUCAUGACUCCUCCGCCCAUUCAGACGACAGACUUGAACUCAUCACCGCCACAGGGUAAAGAUCUGACGCUCUUCUUGCAGUAUAGGUCCAAGAUCAAGAAAUUCGUCCUUCCAGAAGGCUACGAGGAACUGACAUUCGCUCGACUACAGCUCGCUUUCAUCGAGAAGUUCUCCUGGAACACCAACGAAACAGGUCUUGAGCUACCAGAGAUCUACAUACAAGACCCUGUGUCCGGCGUACGCCACGAGCUUGAAGAUCUGUCCGACGUCAAAGAUAGAUCAGUGCUAGUCUUGAACAUCGAAGCCCUAGACGAAGUCAAGAAGCAUUUCGACGAAGGCAUGUCCGGCAUCACACAAACCCUCAACGCCUUCAAACUCCAGCUCGAAUCGCAAGGCAACAUGAUGACCCGCUUUUCCGACCGUCAACUCGAGGCCUCCAAAGAGAUGGCACGCAUGUCUGCCCUUCCCAGCGUCCUGACGCCCAAGCCUUCAUCCUCAACGCCCGCCACGAACAACAAAACCUCCAACGUCGCUUCAUCGCAUGCCUCCCUCCAAGAAGUCCAAUCCCUCCGCCGGGACAUCGCCAUUCUACGCCAAACCUACGGCUCCAUGUCCUCCGACUUCAGCUCCGCGAUGACCGAGAUCCGUGCCAAAGCUGCCAACCUCUCCUCCGAGACCGAAACACUCAUCAACCGCGUCGACGACCUAGCGGAUAUCGUAGAAGAGCUGCGGAAAGACGUCGUCACCCGCGGCGUGCGGCCACUGCCACGACAGCUGGAAGGCGUGAGCAAGGAGAUUUCGGGCACGAUGAAAGAACUCGUCAAGCUCAAAGACUUUGUCAAGCGUGAAAAGCCAAUAUGGACGAAGAUCUGGGAGCAGGAGCUGAAGAUGGUCAUGUCUGAGCGCGACGACCUUACUCAACGAGAUGAAAUCAUUGCUGAUCUAGACGGGGAUCUGAAGGAUGUGACGGAUAUCUUCAGUCUAGUGGAGGAGGCGACCAAGCAGCAGAACUUGCAGGCGCAACAGCAGGGCGGAGCUUCCGUUAUUGGACCUAGCGGUCUGCGGUCCACUUCCGGACGUAACCUGAGUUUCGAGACAGGCGACGUCGAUCCGCAUGAAGCGAAGUCCGGGAUGCUCGACGAAGUGCGCGCGCUGGAACCGAACCAUGAGUCAAGACUAGAAGCUAUCGAACGAGCAGAGCGAGCGAGGCAGAAAGAGCUGCAGAGUCGCAAGGGUGGCGCGUUUCAACAAGAGGUCGAGAAUUUUGUGGAGGAAGGGAAGUUGAAGAAGACGGGUGGAGUGGAGGAGAUUGAGCGGCAGAGGAGAAUCAAGGAUGAGAAGGCGCAGAGGGAGAAUUGGGAGACGAUGGAGAGGCAGCGGGUUGAGGUUGAGGAACGCAGGCUCAAGAGACAGAUGGAGAAGCAGGCGAGGGAGGAUGCACGGAGGCAACAGCAGCAAGCGGAAGCGGAAGCACAGGCGGGUGGUGAGGGCGGGGAAGGUGGGCAGCAGCAACAGCAACAGCAAGAAGAUGCGAAUGAUACCAGUCAGGAAGGUGAAGCGGUGUUUGAGGACGCGAAGGAGGUGCCGAGUUCGACGAGUGGAGGGGAUCUGAAGGGUGCUGCUGAGGGUGGAGGUGGUGGGGGACCGCCAACGCUGCCAGAGAUUGAGACCAGUGCCACAGGCGAGGCUGGAAAAAGCGGUACGUCUUUUCUUGAAGAUUCAGAUCGAGAGUGA